AUGUCUCCCGCGCCCGGUGCUCCCGCCGACGCCCCUGCACCCCCGAGCACCCCGCACCCACUGCCCCUGCACUGCUCAAGUGCUCUCAUUAGGUACAUCCAGUGCCUGGGCAUCCUUCGCCCCCAAAGGCAACCCUCACCCUGCUCCGCACCCCUGCAGCCAGUCCUGCCUCCCGCACCCCGGGGCAUUCCACGCCUAGAGAUCCCGGGAACAUUCCCCCUCGCCGGCAGCAGCCGGGACGGCGGGUCGGGCCCGGUGGCGGCGGGAGGCGGAGGCGGGGCCGGGCCGGGCUCCACCCCGGCCCCCGGCCCACAUAGGCCGGCCGAGAGGGCCCCUCGCCCCCUGAGCCUGCGCCGUCCCGGGGGCGCACGGCCCAUCACGGUGGUCGGAGGAGAGCGUGGUGCAGAAGCUGCGGGUGGAUCCGGGGCAAGGGGUGCUGUGCUGCCUGACUGCGGGGUUCCUGUCCCGGGCGGCGGGAUGCUGCGGCAGCGCUGCGGGCGGCUCCUGGCCCGGCUGGAGCAGGGGCUGCAGCUUCUGGAGCUCGGCGGCAGCGUCGAGGAAGGUCUCCGUCGGGGUUUGGGGAAGCUUGCCCCGCUCCCGGCUGGCCACCCGCUGCUUUUGCCCCCAGACUACAUCCGGAUCGCUCGGUGCUUCGAGGCGACACGCCAGAGAUGCUGCCGGCUGGAGCAGGACGGGCGUCGUGCCCGCGAGAAGCUGGCCCGUGUGGAGGCCGAGCGGGCAGCGCUGGAGGUGAAGCUCAAGCACGCCCGAAACCAGGUGGAGGUGGAGAUGAAGAAGCGGCACCGGGCGGAGGCUGAGCUGGAGAAGCAGGAGCGCAAACUUCAGCUGGUCUUUGAGUCUCUGAUGCGGGAGCCAUGGGGCAAUGAAAUGCUGAGCAGGAACCAGUGCUCUGUUCUCAGCGCCCUGGCCGGCCGGCGCCUCGGGGCGACCCUGGCACCGGGCAGGAGGUCAUCUGCAGUGGACGAGUCGUGCCAGUCCCUCUUGUCCCACUCAGAUAUCAGCUAUGACCGCACCGAGGACGAUGUGGACGUUGAUAUGACGGUGGUGCGGACCCUGAAGCGGAAAGCCCCGGAGAGGCAGCAUGUGUCCCUGGCCCCUCAGAUUGGCCCUGUUGUGAUGGCAAAGCGGCACCGUUCUUCUGUGGUACCCCAUAAUGCUGCAAGUGUCCCCUCUAUGCCCCCUCCUGCUGAGGUCCCAGGCCCUGCUGGAAACCUCUUGCCCACUGCUUUGGUCCCACGCCGCCGGUCUUGCCAGGGACAUCGUGUCUCCAUGCGUGCAGGUCUCCCUCCACUACCUCCUCCCUCUGAAGAGCUGACCACGGCGUGCAGCACCAGUGAAGCUCAGGGCUGCCGUGCCCUGGGGCAGGAGAGCCACACUGAGGGUAGCUCAGUGGGGCAGCCAGCACCAGCCCCCUUCCCCUCACCUCCACAGAGCCUCCCACCAGUCCAGCACCAGUUCACAUCCAAAACGGUGAUCCGCCCUGAGCCAUGUGGUGUCUGUGGCUCCCGCAUCCGCUUUGGGAAGACUGCCAUCAAGUGCUGUCAGUGCCAGCUGCUGCUGCACACCAAGUGUCGGGAGCAGUGCCCCAACCCUUGUGCACCCCGGCCUCGCCACCAUACCUGGCCCUGUGAGGGUGUGCUGGCUGACUUCGCCCCCUCCACAAGGCCCCUGGUGCCCCUGCUGGUGGUUCAGUGUGUGACCGAGGUGGAGACACGAGGCUUGACAGAGACAGGGCUGUACCGGGUGCCGGGUACGGAGCAGCUGGUGCGGGAGUGGAAGAGGAGGCUGCUGCGGGCUGGGGGUGCGCUGCCUGCCCUCAGCAGUGUGACUGACAUCCACGUGGUGUGCGGCGUGCUCAAGGACUUUCUGCGGGGCCUCAAGGAACCACUGGUUACCUUCAGCCUCCACCCUGCCUUCCUGAGUGCUGCUGACAUCCUGGAUGAUGCUGCCUGUGACACAGCCCUGCGGCACGUGGUGAGCAAGCUGCCCCCAGCCAACAGGGACACCCUGGCCUUCCUUAUGCUGCACCUGCUCAAGGUGUCACGCAGCCCCAACUGCAAGAUGGACGUGCUCAACCUGUCCCGUGUGUUUGGCCCUACACUGGUAGGACACAGCUCAGCCAACCCCACACCACUCGCCAUCAUGGAGGACACACCGCGGCAGUGCAAGGUGGUGGCUCGUCUCCUCUCGCUGCCACCUGACUUCUGGAGAGGCUUUGUGGGGACAGAGCAGGAGAACCUGGUGCCGACGCCAGCCCCAGUGGGUGAACGUGAGUUGUUCUUCCACCCCAUUGUCUCUCCGGAACCCAAGGCAGGCCAGCUGAGCCCAGCCGGUACCUGCUGCCUCCCCAGCACCCUGCGGAGCUGCGUGGGCACGGCCACCCGGCCCCCGCAGGGGCCGGCCCCGAGGAAGGUGGGCCGGUUCUUCCCUUCUCCGGUGUAGCCUGCACCAGUGGCUCCCUGGGGACAAGGAGCUGGCACUGGAGGAGGAGCAAAGCCUGCAGCACCAGGCUGCCUGUGGGGUGGCAGUGCUGAGCUCGAAGCUCUGCUCUGCUUCCCUGGGGUGCUUCCUCGGGACUGGGGAGCAGAGCUGGCUCUGCCCAGCCAUGGUGGCAGGGAUGCUACCCCAGUGCUGUACUUUGUCAAGUUUCUAUUAAA